AUGGACACGUUCAGCGGCACUUUCGUCACUACGCUGUCGAACUUCUACCCGGUUUCUGACCUCGACGAGGAAGUGAGCGCUUACCUGCUGCGGAACAGGUCAUUAUGGCUGGUCGAACACGAAACUGCCACCGAAGACUUGUCCAGUGCGUACUCGUUCUUCAUGUCAGUGAUCAUUACCGUGUUCGGCACCGUGCUGAGUAUCCUAACAGCCGGUGGCAACCUGAUGGUGAUCAUCUCGAUCAAGAUGGACAAGCAGCUGCAAACGAUCAGCAAUUAUUUUUUAUUUUCGCUGGCGAUCGCUGACCUGACCGUCGGCUGUGUGUCGAUACCGUUGAUGACCCUGUACACGGUGCAAGGACGGUGGUCGCUCGGCUAUGUCGCCUGUCAGUUCUGGCUGAACAUCGAUUACUUGAUGUCCAACUCGUCGGUCAUGAACUUGCUGCUGAUCAGCUUCGACCGGUACUUGUCCGUGACCCGGCCGUUGACGUACAGGCCGCGUCGGACCAAGAAGAAAGCCAUCAUCAUGAUGAGUUUGACGUUCGUCGUUUCUCUGCUUCUGUGGUCGCCGUGGAUCAUCGCCUGGCCUCAUAUCGAAAGCCAGUUCACGAUCCCGUCGGACAUGUGCAUAAUCCAGUUCCUGGUGACGAAUCCUUACAAACGGCAGCACGAAUUUCUGAAAAUGCAGGGAAUUCGAAAAAUGAGCCACUUUUUCACCGCCUCGCAGCGCCAAAGGAAACUGAACAAAAACGCUGUCUUCCAGCAAAACUGUGAACAGCCGUUGGCAGCGUCUAAAAGUCGCUUGACCAGCGACAGCGCCGCAAAUUCUAAACCUCUCGUCGCCAACGGGGGCACAACGCCGACCGGGUGUUCACCAUCGACGGCGAAGGGCGAUGCCUUCACUCGCACCAAAAAUGACAGUGAUUCUCAGGUUGCAUCUUCCGCUUCAAGCAAGACACCGUCAACGGCUAAAAAACGGUCGUGGUCACCGGAGCAAGACGCCAAAUCUAAGCGUGUUCUCUUCGAUCCGGAGUUUAAUCGAUCCAUUAGCGGUACCAGCAUGAAUCAUCUGAGGAUACGUAGUGAUGGUGAUAAUGGCAAUGGUGAUGGUUCCCUUCGAAAUUGUUGUAUACUGCAGAAUUCGGACAGUUCAUUUCCCAAAGUGGCGUUCGGCUACUCGAAGCCCUCGCACUUGUUUGGAGAUGACCAUAACGUCGUGUCCCGCACGGAACCGCCGUACGGGUCGAAGCCAGCCGAGUGCCUGGCCAGGGACAGCGACAACGACGACGACGUCGACGAUGACCACGGUCCACCAUCAAGUGGUUAUCCGUCGUUCAGCAACGCGCUUCGUUCCGAAGCAUUAAGCCAGGGGUGUGACGUCGACAGCGAGUCAGACUUGGAGGUGAUGACGACGAAGCGAUCUCAACUGAGCGCUGGUUUAACGAACCUGUUGGCGUCAGCCUUCGCCAUGACUUUCAGCAACCGGCUGGCGACGCUCAGCAACUGUCCCAGCCAGAAAUCGCCCCCGUUGAGUUCCAAGCCAUCAGGUGACUCCUCGACCAGGUUCAACUUUGGCCGGAAGAAAACCGAGGGAAAAGCCGCGAAAACCCUCAGCGCCAUUCUUCUGGCGUUUAUCAUCACCUGGACUCCGUACAACCUCAUCGUAUGCAUCGAGGCGUUCAUGCCGAACACGGUGCCCCUGCCGUGGUUCACGUUCAGCUACUACCUGUGCUACCUGAACAGUACGGUGAACCCGCUCUGCUACGCGCUCUGUAGUCCGUACUUCCGUCAGACGUUC